UGUUAUCCCCGCUAUGAUACUUGGCCAGCACGGCUCUCUCGAUGCACCCACGCGCUUCUCUCAAGUCGGUUGGAGCCACGAGGGCACGCUCCACCUUCACCUGUAAGAUAAGGAUAUAGGGAGAGAGAGAAAAAAAAUACGAAAACGAACAUCAUUUUCCUAGAGAAAGAAAGAGACUCGGACGAAGAACUGAUAUUGAACCGGCAAAGGUAAGGGCGUUGAGAAGUCUCUCUUUUCCUUGUUUCCUUUACGAAGUUUGAUUCUGUUUUGGGCUUGUAAAGAUGGUAGUGGUUUUGAUUUUGUAGAUCGAGCAGGGGUUUCUUUAUUUGAAUUUCUUGUGUUUGUCUUGAGGGAUAUCUGGAGUUUGGAGGUGAAAUUAGGGUUUUGGAGUGGACGUGGUUAAACCCUAGUUUGGAUUGAUCGGGAAAAUUGAUUUUUUUGGGUCUGGAGUUUGGAGAAGGGGGAAUCAGGGUUUCCAACCCUAAUACAUGUAUGGCUUCGGGAACGGUAGUUGGAGAAGGAAAAGAUGGUGAAAACAGAGAGAGGCAGCGGUACAUGGAGAACAAGGUUUACACCAGGAAAGCGUUUAAGGGUCCCAAGAAAAACAAUCUUCUCGACACCACAACUAACAACUUCACCACCACCAAGGAUGGCCACAACAAGAACAACAUCGUCAUCAACGGAAACGGCAACGACAUUAGUAACAACGAGGACAACAACGAAAACAACAACAGCUGUAGCACUGCUGUGAACAACAUUGUCGUCACCACAAUCGCUUCCUCUACAAUUGUGCACAAAGAGGACAACACAAAUGACAAGAACAAUAGUAACAGUGAUGACAAGAACAACAACAACUCUGCUGAAGCACCAGCUCAGGCUCUUCCUUUAGAGCAUAGUGAUUCAGCUCACCAACAGCCUGCUUCCCGUUUAGAUACUUCUGUGUCUGGUGAUUCUUCAAGUCCUAAGAAGCAGCAUGUUGUGGCUGGCAAUGGAGCCGUGAAGCCGAUUUCAGAAAACAGGGUGAAGAUCAAUUUGGCUUCAAGGUCGAAGUAUGAGAUGUGGGAACUGAGGAGGAAGUUGGAGAGUGAGCUUGAUUUGGUAAGGAAUUUGGUGAAGAGGAUUGAAGUUAAAGAAGCGCAGAUUAGUAAUUCACAUGUUCCCGUGAAUGACAGCGUUGAUUGUGGAUUCGAGAGGGUUCAACCAGAGGUGACUUCAAUCGGUAUUCCUCAGAAGCCUGUCAAGCAUCUAAGGCCUUUGAACCAGUUGAAUAUUCCUGUCUUGGAGAUUAGUCAGGGUGUGAGUGAAAGCAUGGAGAAGGAGAAGGAGAAGAGAACGCCUAAGGCGAACCAAUUCUAUCGGAAUUCAGAGUUUUUGCUUGCAAAAGAUAAGUUUCCCCCAGCAGAGAGUAACAAAAAGUUGAAAUUAAAUGGGAAGAAGCAAGGAGGAGUUGAAUUAAAUCGUGGCUUCGGUAUGGGUAACAAAUGCUUUAAGAGCUGUAGCUCUUUGCUUGAAAGACUAAUGAAGCAUAAGCAUGGUUGGGUCUUUAAUGCCCCUGUUGAUGUCAAAGGUUUGGGUUUGCAUGAUUACUAUACUAUUAUUAAGCAUCCCAUGGAUUUGGGUACUGUGAAAUCAAGGCUUAACAAUAACUGGUACAAGUCGCCAAGAGAGUUUGCAGAGGAUGUGAGGCUAACAUUUCGCAAUGCUAUGACAUAUAAUCCUAAGGGACAAGAUGUUCAUAUUAUGGCGGAGCAGUUGUCACAGAUAUUUGAGGACAAAUGGGCUACUAUAGAGGCAGAUUAUAUUCGAGAUAUGAGACUUGCAAUGGAAUAUGAAGCUAGUCUUGCUAUGCCAACUCCAAGAAAGGCAACUCCAAUGCUACCCCCGCCACUUGAUAUGAGAAGGAUCCUGGAUAGACCAAAGUCAAUGAUGGGCCCUGAUGAUCUGAGGCCAAAACUUAUUGCUACUACUCCUUCAGGUAGGAUACCUACUCCAAAAAAGCCUAAGGCAAAGGAUCUGUAUAAGAGGGAUAUGACUUACGAAGAGAAGCAGAAGCUUAGCACCAACCUUCAGGGUUUGCCUUCAGAGAAGCUGGACAACAUCGUACAGAUUAUUAAAAAAAGGAAUUCGACUCUCUUCCAACAUGAUGAUGAAAUUGAGGUGGACAUUGACAGUGUGAAUACUGAGACUCUUUGGGAGCUAGAUAGAUUUAUUACAAACUACAAGAAAAGCUUAAGCAAAAACAAGAGAAAAGCUGAACUUGCCGUUCAAGCUAGAGCAAAAGCUGAACAUACUGUGGAAGAGAAGUUGCAGACCCCAAUGCCUGCUUUGGUUGAAGUGCCAAAGGAAGCCGGAACUAACGAGCAUAAUAUGUUCAUAUCAACUGUUGAAGUGGGGGAACAGGGAGAUAAUGCUAGUAGGUCAAGUACUUCGAGUAGCUCUAGCAGUGAUUCCGGGUCUUCAUCAAGUGAUUCUGAUAGCGAAAGCUCCUCAGCAUCUAAAUCUGAUACUGGACAUUCACCAAGGUCUUGAAUUUUUUUCAAUCAGUGGCUGAUCUAAAAUUUAGAGUAAGGUGCCAUCCAUUUCGAUCCUGAAGCAUUGCAGAUUCCGUUUUAUUUGCACUAGGCGGAGAAGCACCGGCCACCCAUUUAGCCACUGCAGGGUGUGGGGUUGUGUUUCUGGCGCAGCAAGGCAUCGUCAUGUGGACUGUUUUGUAUAAGAUGGGUAGAUGUGUCAAAUACUUGGGAGAAUUUGGGUUUUUCUUUUUCGUGUAGCACUUGUACAUUGCUAACGUCUGCUACUGCUGCUGGUGAUGCUAAUAGUUUUAGGGAACAUUUGUUUAUUUAUAAGAUGGGUGGCAGCUUAAGGAUUCAUGUUAUACUCGGAAAAUGGUAUUGUAAUUUCAGUCAUAAUUGCUUAGCAUGAAAUCAUCUGCAGAA